AUGGCUGCCCUGCGCACCGGACGCGCGCUCGCGCGGGCGCUCGAACGCGCGGGUGGGGGACGCGGGGCGAUCGAGAGAUGCGGUGGGUCCUCGAGAACGCGCGCGGCGCACGCGGCGGCGAGUGGAUGGGCGGGAAGUGGGCGGGAUGAUGGCGCGGGAGGAGGCGACGGGCGAAGACGGGACGGACGCGCGGCGCCGCGGGCGGACGGGCAGAGUGGGGGGACGAACGUGCAGUGGCUUCGAGGACAAGGGAUGCCGGCGCAGGGAGGAGUGAGGCAGGACCAGGCGCCGUCGUCGGCGCCGCGAGGCGUGGCUCCGGCGCCACUGAGAGGGACGCCGGCGCCGCCUCCGCAGCAGCGACAGAGAGCGCCGCAAGGCGGGACGCAAACUCCGAGAUCGCCGCCUCAACAAGGACGGUCACCGCCGAGAGCGCCGAGCGCGGAGAACACGACGUCCGCGACCGGACACUUCAGCACGCCCGCACCGGUCGUUCAUAGAUCGAGACCGGACGCCGAGGGCGAGUACGCGGCGCAGGAGAGCACGGGACCGCCCGGACUUCGCGACGCGUUGAUGGAUCAGGGCAUCGUGCUUCAGAGCUACACCCCGGGUCAGCACCGCAUCAUUUGUCCGACCUGUAACGGCGGCUCCACGGGUGAGAGAUCGCUCGCGGUGCACAUCGAGGACGACGGGAAGAGCGCGGCGUGGUGCUGUCAUCGAGCAAACUGCGAGUGGACCGGCGGCACCAGCAAGGAGGGAAGACAGCGCGCGUCCAAGGGCGCCGACGGCGCCGCAUCGAAUCGACGCGUGGCGAAGCCCAAACUUCCCGAUCCCGCUGACUUACAGCGCAUCGGCCCGGGAAAUAUGACUCCGGCUGCGACGAAAUGGUCCGAGUUCCUCAAGUCGAGAGGCAUCUCGCUCGAGGUGGCCGAACGCAACGGCUUGGCGGUGCAAAACGUCUACUCGCCGCCCGCGAGUGGUUAUGUGGACGCCUUAUGUUUCCCGUACAUGCGCGAUGGCGAGCUGAUUAACAUCAAGUAUCGCGGUCCGGAUAAGUCGUUCUGGCAAGUCAAGGGCGCGGAGAAGAUCCUGUAUGGUUUGGACGAUGUCGCCGGUGAAGAGGAAGUGAUUAUCGUCGAGGGUGAGAUGGAUAAGCUCGCGUUGGAGAUGGCCGGGUUCAGGAACGUGGUUUCUGUCCCCGACGGCGCACCGGGUAAGGUGAAGGACGGUGCGCUUCCGUCGCCCGAAGAUGACAGAAAAUACGAAUACUUGUGGAACUGCCGUGCGCAGCUCGACACGAUCUCUCGGUUCGUCAUCGCUACGGAUUCUGAUGGUCCCGGUCGAGCCCUGUCCGAAGAGUUGGCGAGGCGUCUUGGUAAGGAGCGUUGCUGGCGAGUAACCUGGCCGGAAGGUUGCAAAGACGCCAACGAGGCGCUGCAAAAGGAGGGUGUGGAGACUGUUCGCGAGAGCUUGAGUACGGCGGAGGGCUUCCCUUUGCGAGGCCUUUUCCGGUUCUCCGAGUUCGCGCCGGAGAUCGAGUCGUACUUUAACAUGACCACCGCGAAUGAACUUCGAGGUGUGUCUACCGGUUGGCGCAACAUCGACAACCACUAUCGCGUCGUCCCGGGUGAACUCACAGUUGUAACCGGCGUGCCGAAUAGCGGCAAAUCUGAGUGGGUGGAUGCGUUGAUGUGCAACUUGGCCGUUCAGCACGGUUGGUCGUUUGCGCUGUGCUCGUUGGAGAACAAAGUACACGAGCACGCUCGGAAGUUGGUGGAGAAAUACGUCGGCGAACCUUGGUUCGAGGGUAAGUACUCCAAAGCGCCUCGCAUGAAUCCCGACUCGAUGCGUACCGGCAUGAAGUGGUUGAAUGAACACUUCGUCCUCAUUCGCCACGAGGACGAUGAGCUGCCGAGCGUCGAUUGGAUCUUAGGCUUGGCUCGCGCCGCGGUGUUGCGGCACGGCAUUCGUGGAUUAUUGAUCGAUCCCUACAACGAGCUCGAUCACAAGCGCCCCACCGGGCAGACAGAGACCGAGUACGUGUCGCAAAUGCUCACGCGAAUCAAACGAUUCGCCCAGCAUUACGACGUCCACGUCUGGUUCGUAGCGCACCCUCGUCAGUUACACAACUGGAAAGGUGAGUGUCCCGGUCUGUACGACAUUUCCGGCUCGGCGCACUUCAUCAACAAGUGCGACAACGGCAUCGUCGUCCACCGUAACCGCGACGAAAAGCUUGGCUCCCUCCGCGAGGUCACCGUUAACGUUCAAAAAGUCAGAAACAAGGUGGCCGGAUCCAUUGGUGAACCCAAACUCGAGUAUAACGUCGCCAACGGUCGAUACGUCGACGUCGUCUGA